AUGGAGGUAUUUCAGACAGAUUCGCAUUACAUCUUUGUGAAGCGGGACAAGAGUUUAUGGUGGCAUCGCAAGACAUCAGAGUUCACAAUAAAAGCAGGAUGGGACCUGAGCUCCGUGGACGACAUCGAAUGUAUUGGGGUAACGCAUGGAAUUGUGGGCGUUAUCUCGCUACCUAACGUCUAUGAGCCUCAUUUGGUGGUGGUGAAGGAAGCCACGGCGGUGGGUGUCCUCUACCCACCCCACUUGGUGUACAAGAUCAGGUCCAUAUGUAUACUUAGUGCCGAGGAACCAGACACCGACUUGUCCAACUGCACAAAGCACACCAAAAGCAACCAGUCAACGCCCACACAUAGCGCCUCCAUCGCGAACAACAACAAUGCAAGCGCUUCAUCAGGUGGCGGUGGUGGAUCUUCGAAAAGCACAAAACUGUUCGAGGGCAUGAACAAGACAUGGGGCGCCGUCAAGAGUGCUGGGAACACCAUCAAAAACACCACACAGCAGGCGGCAAAUCUGGCCACCAAGCAGGUCAAGUCCUCGGUGGGAAUACGAGAGCCCAAGCACAUCGAACGCCGCAUCACAGAGGAGCUCCACAAGAUAUUCGACGAUACGGACAGCUUCUACUUCAGCUUUGACUGCGAUAUCACCAACAAUCUGCAGCGACAUGUGGCCAAAUUGGAGGAGAAUCAGCAACAGCAGCCAGAUGAGAGGUUUUUCUGGAACAAGCACAUGAUUCGGGACAUACUGCAGAUGAAUGACAAGACAUGGAUAUUGCCCAUCAUUCAGGGAUUUGUGCAAGUUGAGCCAUGUGUCAUUGGCAACGAGUGCUUCACUUUGGCCUUGGUCUCCCGAAGAUCGCGUCAUCGAGCUGGAACUCGUUACAAGCGACGCGGUGUGGACGAGAAAGGUAACUGCGCUAACUAUGUAGAGACGGAGCAAAUACUCUCCUUCCGCCACCACCAGUUGUCCUUCACCCAAGUCCGUGGCUCUGUUCCGAUAUAUUGGAGCCAACCGGGCUACAAGUACCGCCCACCACCGCGUCUCGAUCGUGGAGUGGCCGAAACGCAGCAGGCUUUUGAGCUGCACUUUACCAAGGAACUUGAGAUCUACGGGCGGGUCUGCAUCGUCAAUCUAGUGGAGCAGAGUGGAAAGGAGAAGCUGAUUGGCGAUACCUAUGCUGAACAUAUAAUCAAGUACAACAACGAGCUGAUAAUAUACGUAACUUUUGAUUUUCACGACUACUGUCGUGGCAUGCGCUUUGAGAACGUCUCAGCCCUAAUUGAUGCCGUAGGCCCUGAAGCUGGAGCCAUGGGUUUCCACUGGCGGGAUCAGCGUGGAAUGAUCUGUAACCAAAAGUCGGUGUUUCGGGUGAACUGCAUGGACUGCCUAGAUCGCACCAAUGUCGUUCAAACGGCCAUUGGCAAGGCGGUGCUGGAGUCUCAGCUCGUUAAGUUGGGCCUGUCACCGCCAUACACUCCGAUUCCGGAGCAGCUAAAGUCUCCGUUUAUGGUUUUGUGGGCCAACAAUGGGGACAUCAUUAGUAGACAGUAUGCGGGCACCAACGCCUUGAAGGGGGACUAUACCAGAACUGGCGAACGAAAAAUCAGCGGCAUGAUGAAGGACGGCAUGAACUCGGCCAAUCGCUUUUUCAUACAAAACUUUGCCGACUCGUUUCGCCAGUGCAUCAUCGAUCUGAUGCAGGGCCACUUGCUGACAGCAGAUGAGCUGCAAGAGGACGAGGUCCUGAACACCAUUUUGCAGAUCCUUACACCCGAAACACGGCCACCGAUGCGUGGCUACUAUAAUCCCGGUGUGUUCGGGCCAGAACUGCAGCUGCUCGAGUCCAUCGUUACGACCAGUUAUUAUUUGGCACGCUUUAAGGACUCUUAUCGCCAAGCCACCAUUGACCUUAUGCUGGGCAACCAGGUCUCCUCCGAGUCCCUCAGUGCUCUGGGCGGUCAGUCGGGAACGGAUGAGAACGAUGCCACGGAGAAUGCUGAACAUGCCAAGUUGCUGGUGGAGGACUGCCGUCGUCUGCUACUGGGAUCCGCUCAGUAUCCGGUCGGAGCUUGGGGACUAAUAGAUGCUGACCCAAGUUCCGGUGACGCCAACGAAACCGAGGUGGACUCCAUACUGCUGCUAACCGACGACUGUUACAUUGUGGCCGAGUACGACUCACAUCUAGAUAAGAUUGUCCGCUUCGAGAAGGUGCAACUUGCGCAGGUUCGACUCAUCGAGCUGGGCAUGUACCAGCAGACCAAGAUGUUUCAGGGUCCAGCCACGGCGCAUCUCUGCCUGCGUCUCAACUACAGUGUCGAGAAUCAGGAGGGCUACUUCCACAUGUUCCGCUCGGCCAACUUGCGUUUCUUCAACAACAUGGCCUAUGUUAUCAAGACGCAGGAAGAGCUGGCUGAGUCUUUGACAUCUAUUGUUGAAAUGUUCCGCAUCGCCCUGGAUAAUGCCAGAAAUACUGACGUUCGAUACGUAACAGGCGGGGUGCUGCAGCGCAGGAAGAGCAAGGUGCCCAUGCUGGAUGUGCCCAAAGGCAUGCCGCGCAACCUCUCAGAAUCUCAGCUGGUACAGUUCAGCUCCAAAGCCCUGUCGAAUGUGGCGGGACAGUUUUCGAAGUUAGGUCAGACCUUCAAGAAACCAAGCUCAAGCUCAACGCAGCAACAGCAGGCACAUCCCAGCAACUUGACAGCCACCAUUAAUCCCCAAGUUAUGCGGCAGACAGGUGGCAACGAUAUCAGUAUUGAUGCUGGCCAGGAGGCGGAGAAGGCCGUAUUUACGCUGGGCCACAAGCAACGCAACUCGAACAGCGCCAGCAGCUCUGAUACCGACGAGCACGACAACAGCUUGUACGAACCCGAGGUGGACUCCGAUGUGGAAAUAGCUCUGGGAAACAAGUCACAUUACAACGAGAACGCCUUCUUGCCAUCGGUGGGUAUUGUCAUGGGCAGCCAGAAGGAGGAGCAGUCGCCCAGUUCUUCGGACGAAAUACGGCAGCUGGAGCAAAAGGACAGCAUGUGCAAGACCGCCGAGGAUGUGCUAACCAUUUCCAUUACCUCAGUGACAGAUCACGUUGGUCUGCCGACGGGUCUGUUGGAAAAUGCACCGACCUUGCGGCCGAUCACACCAAAUCCUCAGAUAUGCGUGCAGGCGCAGGAGGCCUAUGAAGCUGAGGAAGAGGAGAGAUUAAAGUCCCUGUCCAGUGGCCUGGGCACAGAUCUCAGCUUGCCUUUGGGUCUGCCCACCCAGCCGGAGGCUAAUAAGCUGAAGCAGCUCACCAGCCCACUCUCCAAGCUGGCAAAAAACAUUGGCCUGAACCUGGAUCCUCGAAAGAUAGCUACCAAGACCGGAGUCCUCUCUCCCACCAGUCUCUCCGGCGAGAACACACCGCCUGAGCGCGAUCCCAGUUCCCGGGAUCACCUGUUGGAAUUGUGGGAGGCUGAGAAGUGCAAAACCAAGUUGAUAGCCCUAUAAACAAUACUCGAAGCUCCUUUGCACUUAUUUAAUCAUUUAUGCAAGUGAUAUAUUUAUUUAAUACCAAAAGGGGAACGAAGCUGAACAAACACUUCCAUUAAUGUCACAUUAGGAAAAAGAAAACCAAAACUAUAUACAAAAUCGCAACGUUUUAGUGGUUCUAAUAAUGUAGUGUAAUGUAAUAUAUUUUGUGAUUAUUUUAACAGCAAGUUUUAGGGAGUUAAAACAUUAUUGUGCAACUAGAGUGUAGUUGUAUAUUUAUUGGAAUAAUUGCUGUAUCCCAAUUGGCCAAAACAUCGUGAGGAUAGACGUAUAGCAUGAAAUCGAACAACGAACCAAUUCGAUUGCAUUAAUCAUUUGCGAGCCUUUGAUGAUAUCUUUGCCAAGGCAAUCUUAACAUAAUUAUCACAACCUCAUUGGUCCACUGGGAUAAUUGGGGUCACAGUGCAGCUUCAAAUAUUAUUGAUAUUCAGUAGAGUUAAAUCCGGCACGUUGCUUUUGAAAGAAACUAAUUAUACGUACGUAGAGUGGGUGAGCUACGAAAUCCACAACAACACAAGACUUGGACACACUCCACAUUUAAACACAAGAAAAUAAAACCAAUUUUGGACUAGUAACCAGUUAUUUUUGGCAUAAAAGUAUUGCAUGGGGAACUGAGAGGAUUUCGGAAGUGUCAACGAAUAUUAGAAGGAAUCUAUACACAAACAUUUUAGCUUGGGGAUUCGCUAUGUGCCCUUCGUAGUGUGUUUGUAAAUAGCUGAAUAUUUAAUGAGUAAACAAUACAAUUAACUAGAACUAUGUAUGC